AUGGCUCGUUCAAAAGGAUUUCUGCCUACAAAUCACAAGUACUGCAGUGCGAUGACAGCUCUGGACAAAUUCUUGUGCUGCAGUGUCAUAUCUGCCGCAAGCCCCUGCUGCAGGAACUCUUUGGUAGUGCAUCCUGCCUGGAUCACUAAGCCCCUCAUCCCCUGGAGGUGCCAAUGGAUUAGCUGCUGCCUCCGUUCCUCUCCUGUAGCGUGCAAGAGGCCAAGCGUUUCAAUGAGAUCAGCUGCUUUAGCUAGUAACGGCCCUGUUCUGGUGCGAGGGGAACACGACGGAUUUUAUUACCAUGGUACAGUAAAAGAGGAGCUAGAGAGUGAAAGAGGAAUGUUCCUGGUAGAGUUUGCCAGACCACUCGUGGCACAAAGAAAGUGUCCGGUUUGUGUGCAAAAAACAAGCAAGGAUGAUAUUCUGGAAUAUAUGAAUGGUAUGAAGCACUCCAUACUCCCUGGAGAUAAAGUGCUGGCCCCCUGGGAACCAGACAUGGUGAGGUACGGCCCAGGAACUGUCCUCACAGGCAUUGAGACGCGGGAUCCCUUACGAGUCUCAGAAGAUGAAGAAAUUAUGGUCCAGUUCUGGAACAGCAAGAAAGUGAAACUCCCACUAGGUGUGGCUCUGUGGAUCCCUCCUAGCCUGUGGGAGAGGACCGUAGAGAUGAUCCACAUGCCCUUCACCAGCAGAUUAAAGCCCAGAGAAAAUCCUAACACUAACUCUUGUAUUUUUUCCUGCAGUCCUGUAACAGUCCCAGUUCCUCUUUGUACUGUAGAUAGCCUCACUAACCACGGCUUGCCCUGCUCACUCUGCUGGCCACAUUUUCACUAUCACUGCAAUGGUAUACGCUGCUCAUCAGUACAUGCAAGAUGCAUCUGCUGCUGCCAUCCCCAUACUGAUGGCUGGUGGCCUCUUCCUUCCCAGUCUUUGGUCCUUCAGAGAGAAAAAGAAGAGGCAGAGCCCAGCAGCAAACCCCCUUCACACCUUCUAGACCUGGAAAAUCCAAAACAAGGAGCAGCAGCAGCAGCUGCUGCAUCUUCCCUCUCUCCUGACUCAGAGCGUAAUCUGGAGCUGUUCCCCACCAAGAGCACUGUGAUGGACAGUGCUGUUAACACGGACUCCAGUCUUCUUGAGAAGCCCAAGCUAAAGGAUUCUGCGAGACCAAAGUGGAAAUACUGGAAAAGGAGCCACCACAAGUCCCAUCCCAGCAGUUCAGGAAUCAGCACUCACAGCAGCUCACAUGCAAAGGGUGAGCCGGGACCCAAAGCCGUCGCUGCUGUGGACAGGUCCUGCAUUACCCCAGCAAAUCAAAGUGCGAUGUUUGAAAUCCUCAAGCAGCCUCCCCGAGGGCAACUUGCAAUGAAGGAAAUCUUAACCCACCAGGAUUUCAAGCCAUCCUCGACGGAAGGUUUUGCAGCAUCAAGAAAACAAAGAUAUGCAGAGCAAGACAGAGGCAAAUGCACAGGAGAGGACAAACGUGAGGCUACAGACCUUGUAAGAGCUCACUUGCAACAAAGCGGAGAGAGACAUGAUCAACAAGAAUCUAAUGACUGUACAGCUGAUGAGGUUCAGGAGUUGAAAUUUUAG